AAUAUUUACAUUUCACAAUCGACCUCCAAAAUAUUGAAUUAUUAUAAUUCUAAAUUAAUUAUCUAAUUAAUAAUUAAAUCAUGAUAAGAUUCGCUAUUUUUAUUUCACAUGGGUAUUUAUUGAUUUUCUGAUUUUUACUAUGCUAUGUACCUAGUUGUUUGUCGUAAGCAUACGUACCUACUUAUACAUUGUUGACGCAGUUUAUUGUACCGAAAACAAACAUUGGAAGAAGAACUCAUCUGUUAGAAUAGCAAUUCGUAGUCCUAAGGAUUGUUAUAUGACAGAAAAUAUGUUCACUAAAACUCUAGCAGAUGGUGAAAGAAAAUUCCUUAUUGAUUGCAUUCGUUUUUAUCGUGAACUACCAAGUUUAUGGAACAUGAAGAGCAAAGAAUAUCAUGACCGUAAAAAGAAAAGCAUUGCAUAUGAUAUGUUGGUUAAUAAGUUUAGGGAAAGGUAUCCUAAUGCUACAAAAGAGGAUGUAAAAAGAAAAAUUAAUUCUCUAAGGACAUGUUACCGUAAAGAACUUAGGAAACAUCUUCAUUCUCUUAAAACUGGUGAUGAUGUUUAUGAACCCACGCUGUACUAUUACAAUGAGAUGCGUUUUUUGGAGGAACAAGAGAGCACAUCAGAAUCAUCAUCAAUGGACUUGGAAUGCAGGAAUAUAUCCAUGGACAUUGAGGAAAAUGAUAAAUAUGUCAGUGAAUGUUCCACUUCAGCUGUGAACAUCACCCAGGGCUCCCCACUGUUUAGCAACCAAAAGAAGAAAGCUGUGAAAUUGCAGAAACUGGAAGAGUUGAUGGACCUGGCAUGCCAGCAUCUAAAAGACAAAUCUGAUGACUACAAGCACUGGGCAAUGGCCUGUGCUGCUGAUUUAAAAAAAAUGGAACCAACUCAACAAAUUUUUGCAAAAAAAGCAAUUGCUGAAAUCUUAAUGGAGGGACAAUUAGGACUAUUACACCGAAAUUCAGUAAAGAUAAAUGAAACAUCUGAAAAUGUUUUACAUGAAACUAUUUAUGAAGAUCAGGUUGCUGUCAAGUACAGCUCUACACCCUCUCCAUCAUAUAUAGACGAGUCAUGAGUACUCAUGAGUAUUAAAAUUGCUUGUUGAUUGAUGAAUCAUCAUUCAAAUUUGAAGAUUUUCGAAAAAUGUGUAUUAUAAAAGGUUCACAUUCACCUAAAAUCGACAUCUUUAGUAUAAGUCAUAAAAGGCUAAAAGUUUUAUUUUAUAUAUCAAAAACCAGCAAAGAGAUUUCUUUGCUUGCACUAUUUUAUUAAAAUCAUUAUAGAUUA